CAUACGCUGUGUAUAUAGACCGAUUUUAAUACAGGGCUUCGCGGCACUUUGCCUACUAAGCUCGACUUUUAACGUAUAAUUAUUUUCGGUGAAAAUUUCGUUGCCCUUGCGACUUCGCAGCAGCAUGAGUCAUGUGUCUUCAAUGCUCGUUAUGUGCUGUUUUUGUUUAAGCAAAACAUGUCCGGUUAACAAAGGACUCAAUCGUCAGUCAAUUCUGAAAACGCUGGACGAAGCUACCCAAGGGAACAUAACCGAUACGAUAUCGUUGAACAAGUUGUUUAACCUAACCUCCAGCCACGAACCCAGUCCUGAUGACAUCAUUAUCAGAGCUGCAUUGUGGACCACCGUCGAGCUGCGCUGCCCCGCCGGGGACGACUACCCAGCCCCGACGCAAGAUCCGCCAUACAAGUUCAACGGUGUGCUGCAAUCUCCCAACACGACCAACUUGGAAGACGACCGGAAUGUGAUGUGGAAUAUCUGCCUACGCCCGCGACCCCAGUGUGGGGAACUGAUCCAGGUUUACACACCGGUAGCCUACACCCCGAUGACUCCCGGAGACCGCUUCUACACCAUCACCCUUUUCAACUUCUCGCAGACGCACAGCGGCGUGUAUGAGUGUCUGCAGUAUAACGGCACUCAGCUGGUGACCACCCGGAGGUACCGCGUUAGUCCCCGCAUGGCGCGGGAGACGCUGUUCGAUCCGCCCAUGUCCAAUAUGACCGUCACCGUCGGGGAGGAGGUCAAGUUGCGCUGUUAUGUGAAAUUCGACGCUGUGCCGCAUCCGUUUGGGGAGCGGUUUCUGUUGCGCCGCGAGGAGUAUUUGAUUUACGCGUCUGACCAUGGUCCGUUUCGCAACGGGGUGGGGUCGCGAUACGGCGCGGACACGUGGUAUUCAAUCUUUGACGAUGGUUGUAAAUGUGGCCUGCAACUUCGCAUCAGCAACGUCAACCGACGCGAUGCUGGACGAUACCAGUGCUGGUUCCGUGUCGAUGAUCUCUUUGAUGAAUGGUUUGUGCAGGAGUUCUAUCUGAACGUUGAGCAAAAGGGCACGGACCGAUGACUAUCCCUAUUUCUGCCUUUGCCUUGCGAGGAACUACACAAGCUACUCUCACUGUUUUUUUUUUGUGGUGUUGCCAUAGCAUCGUCACCGUACAGCCGGUGUUCAUCGCGAUGAUGACAGAAAUUUUUGCGUGAUGUGGUGCUCCUUGAACAGCAAUGCGAACCUCCACUGUUUUUUAUUGGUUGCGGCCUAACAAAACUC